AUGUCCUUUGGAUUUUAUAAUGAAAAUUAUAAAUUAAAUACAAAUAAAAAUAAACUAGAAAAUAAUUUUUUAUUAAAUGAAGAUAUGAAUUUUAAUAACAUUAUUAAUAAUAAUAUUAAUGAUGAUACAAAUUCUUUAACUAUAAUAAAACCUACACAUUUUAAGAAAUUAAAAUCUUCUUUAAAAUUAUCUUCCAGAAAUAAUUCUUUAACUUCAUCAAUUUCUUCUUCUUCAUCUUCUUCUUCAUCUUCAAAUAAAAGUGUCAGAUUUGCACCAGAAUUAACAACAGUUAAAAAAUUUUGUUCAACUGAUAAACCUUCAUUUAUUUCUUCUUCUUUAUCAAUCAAAAAUUCAAAUAAUUUAAUUCCAUUAGAUGAAUCUUAUCAAAAUUAUUUUUUAAAUGAAAAUAAUAAUAAGAAUAAUAAUAAAUUUGAAUUUGAUGAUAAAAUUAAUUCACAUUUCUUACCAUCUUUUUCUUUACCAUCUUUACCAUCUUCCUCAUCAUUAUAUUAUAAUUCAAAUUCAAAGGUCAGUAAUUUAACAAAUUUUCAAUUAGAUUAUGAUUCUGAUUCAAGUGUUGAUGAUGACGAUUUUACUUAUAAUUUAAAUCAAAAUAUUGAUAUUAUAAAUAAUAAUACUAAUACUAAUAUUGUUGAUGAUAAUGAUAACCAAAAUCAUAAUUUAUUAUCCUCUAUUACUUCAAAUGAUAAACUUGCUUUAGAUUCAUUUGAAGUAAUUGAUUGGAAUCUAAUUCAUUCAAAUUUAAAUUCAAAUAAUUAUGAUAAUAAUAAUGAUAUUAAUAUUCUUUUAACAGGUAAUCAAAAUAUUAAAUUACAUUCAAUUGAACAAAUAAGAGAUAGUAAUAAUAAGAAGACUGAUGAAAUUAUUGGUUCAAUUUAUGUUAAUAAUCUAACAUUUGAAAAAUUUAUUGAAAUUAAAUUUACUUUUACAAAUUGGUCAGAUAUCCAUUAUGUUACAGCAACAUUUAAUAAGUCAAUUACAAAACAAAUUGAUGAAUUUAAAUUUAAAAUUAAUUUAUCAAGUUUUAAAUAUUUUUUAAAAUUAGAUCAUUUAUUAUUUUCGACAACUGAUUCAAAUUUACCAACUAAUUGUCCUUUAAAAAUCGAAUUUUGUUGUAGAUAUGAUGUUAAUAAUGAAACAUAUUAUGAUAAUAAUAAUUAUAAAAAUUAUGAACUAUCAAUAUUAGCAAAGACACAAAAUUUAGUACCAAAUGAAAGAUUUAAUCCAAUUUAUAUGACAAAAGAACAAAUUAAUCAUAAAGAUAAUUUAAAAAAUUCUAAAAAAAUUAAUAAUAAUUCAUAUUCCUCCACAAAACAAACUAAGAAAUCAUUUUAUUCUGAUUUUUUAGUUUCAACAACUUUAUCUCAUAAGAUUCAUUUAAUGAAUAAUUUUAAAACUAAUAACAAUAAUGGUCAAGCAUAUAAGAAAAGAUUUGUUAAUUCAACUAUAUCAAGAAGAUUCUCAGAAGACACUGACUAUUAUAAUACAUCUCCUUUAAAACAUUUAUAUCAUAAUGAUACAACUCCAAUUAACCCAACAAGUUUAAAUAGAGUCUUAGCUCCAUCAAAUGAAAAAGAAAUAGAUGGUAAUGGCAAUGAUUAUGAGAACAAUAAUGAUAAUGCUGAAGAUGCUACAAUUAUUACCGGUAAUAAUAUCAGUUAUCCAUCAACAAAUCCUUAUGAAUGUACAGAUGAUGUUGCACAAUUAUCAUCAUUCCAACCUUUCACUUAUACAGCUACACCUUCACUUUCUUCAUCUUUAUCUUCAUCUUUAAGUGAUUUACCUCAAUUAGAUGAUUAUACAUAUUUUUUCCAAAAUGAAACUACUCCAGAUGAACAAUUUCAAUAUAAUCCAAAUUAUAAUUUUGCUGAUUCUUUUACAAAAAGUUUCAGUCAAGCAAAAUCAGAGAGUAGUGAUGGUACAGAUGUACCGAACAAUUUUAAAAAUAUUAUUAAUAAUAAAAAUAAUAAUAGUGAUGAUAAUGAUGAGCAUAUAGAUCCCUUACAUAUUACUGAUUCGAAUAAUAAUUUUUCAGAUGAUAGACGAAGUAUUAUAACAGAUACACCUCAGAAUAUUUAUUCUACAAAUUCAGUAUAUAAUGUAAAUGAACGAACAACUAGUCCAGAGAUUAUGUUUAUGAACAAUAAUUCAAAUGAAACUCUAAUUAAUCAUAAAAAUAAUAUAAAUGGACAUCAUGAUAAUGAUACACAAUUGGCGUUACCACAAAUAUCAACAUUACGAUCCGAAACUGUGGAUGAACCAUCGCCGACAAGUUCAAGAUCUUCAUCGAACUCAUCUUCUUUCCUAUCUGCAUCUAAUGAACUUGAAAAUAGAAGAUGCAGUAAUAUGAGUUCACAAAUUGCUAAUACAAUAACAACAUCAGCCCUCUCUGGGAUUACAGAAUCUAUAGAGCCGCGAGCUCUCAAUUAUCAAACUUUGCUAAAUUCUUAUUGCUUUUUUGCUUCAGAUACAAAACCAACAAUUCAUGAAAGUUAUUUCCAAAAUAAAAAAACCGUAGAUAAAGAUAAUCCGGUAGAUAAACGCAUAAAUUAUGGUUCGAUAACUCCUUUAAAUAGGAGUGAAUCACCACCCCCUGCAUCUAAAAUAUUAUCCUCCUAG